AUGACGAGUCAUGGGGACGAUGCGCUGUCCUCUAGAACUGGUGCUCCAGGUGGGGAUGACCGACUCUCUGAGGACAGAUCCCUGCUCCAGCAGAGGCUGGCCGUCAGGGAGCUCCUCGACACCGAGGUCUCCUACUUGCACGUGCUCCAGCUCUGUGCCUCUGACAUUAGGAGCCGCCUGCAGCAGCUGCCACAGGGAGAUCUGGAUGUCCUGUUCUCAAACAUUGAUGACAUCAUCAAGGUGAACAGCAGACUGCUUCAUGAUCUGCAGGAGACAGCCUCCAGGGAAGAGGAACAAGUGCAGCUGAUCGGUAACGCAUUCCUGGAAUUUCAAGAGGAGUUGGAGCAAGUCUAUAAGGUGUACUGUGCCAGCUACGAACAGGCCUUGCUGCUGGUAGAGACCUACCGGAAGGAGCCAGAGCUGCAGCGGGAGAUCCAGGGCAUCAUUGAGGCAGUGCUGCCGCAAGCUGGACCUUCAGGCCUCAGUUUCUUGCUGGUAAUUCCUCUGCAGAGGAUUACCAAAUACCCAUUGCUGCUGCAGAAAAUUCUGGAAAACACACUCCCUGAUGCCAGUGCCUACGCUGUCCUUCAGAGGGCUACCUCUGCCCUCCAAGAUGUGGUCACCAACAUCAAUGAGUACAAGAGGCGCAAAGAAGUGGCCUCCAAGUACACCAAGGUGGAGCCGCUGAGCCUCCGGGAGCGACUGGCUCGCAUCAAUACACACACCCUCUCCAAGAAGACCACCCGGCUAAGCCAGCUGCUGAAGCAGGAGGCGGGGCUCGUUCCCAGGACGGAAGACAAGGAAUUUGAUGACUUAGAAGAGAAGUUCCACUGGGUGUCGCUGUGUGUGACUGAGCUGAAGAGCAAUGUGGCUGCUUACCUGGAUAAUUUGGAGGCUUUCCUCCGCUUCCGGCCCCAGGACUACAAUCUGGAAAUCCCCGGGGGGCCUGUGGUACAGUACUGUUACCUGGCAAGAGACCUGCAGCUCCAGGCCUUCCCAGAGUUUAAGCAGCAACUGGAAGCCCAGGUGUGGCAGCCAUUGUGCAGCCUGGCCAAAGCCUUGGCAGGCCCUCAGAACCUGAUCAAGAAGCGUCUGGACAAAUUACUGGACUUUGAGAGGGUGGAAGAGAAGCUGUUGGAGGUGGGCAGCAUGACCUACGAGGAGGAGGCAGCGCGGCACACGUACCAGGCACUCAACUCCCUGCUAGUGGCUGAACUCCCACAGUUUAACCAGCUGGCCAUGCGGUGGCUCAGCCAGAUUCUGUGCGCAUUUGUGACUCUCCAGAGGGACCUUGCAAAGCAAGUGCUGCAGAGGGCAGAGGACAGCUUGGCCCAGCUCCCCCACCACCACCUGUCUGAGCCGGCCUUCAGGAAGCUGGUGGAGGAUGCACUAGGCCAGACCAGUCACCAGCUUCGCGCCUUUCAAGAGAACUUUGAAAAAGUGCUGCCACCUCCCACCACACAACCACUCCUUCCAGGGGCUGAACGCCAGGUGCAGGCGCUCCUGAGCAGGUAUGGCCCGGGAAAGCUGUACCAGGUGACCAGCAACAUCAGUGGGGCUGGGACUCUGGACCUGACCCUGCCACGGGGCCACAUCGUAGCCCUCCUUCAAAACAAGGACACCAAAGGCAACAGCAGCCGAUGGCUGGUGGACACUGGAGGACAUCGAGGGUACGUGCCAGCUGGAAAACUGGAGGUGUACCAUGUGAUCCCCAGUGAGGAGGAGCUCAGAGGGCAGGCGAGGCCUCACAAAGACUCCCAACAUCAGACACCAGAGCCCACCUCGGCCCCGGUCCCCUCUGUUCCAACUGUGACCCAGGUGGUGGCCGUGUACCCCUUUGUGGCCAGAAGCAGCCAUGAAGUGAGUCUGCAGGCAGGCCAGCAGGUGACUGUGCUGGAGGCCCAGGACAAGAAGGGGAACCCAGAAUGGAGCCUUGUUGAAGUAAAUGGACAGAGGGGCUACGUGCCUUCCAGCUUCCUUGCCAGGGCCCCAAGUCCAGCUCCGUGGGGCUGGAGUUUGCCUUCUUAGGGUGCCCUCCUUGAAGUCCAUGUUCCAGGAGGAUUGGAGGCUGUGACCCUGGGAAGGAAAAGAAGCAAAGAGAAGGUGGGGGUGAAUGAGGAGAUCAGGUCAGGGUGGGGUGAAGGGCACGGAGAAGGUAACCAGAAGAUGAGCCUUGCAGAACGCCUGGUGUGGGUGGGCACAAAAGGCCCCAACCAGGGCAGCUCAUUAUAUCUGCCUGGAGAGGGCGUUCCAACCUGAGUCACAGCACCCUGGAUGGCAGGUCCCAGCUGAUGCGCCAGGACUUGCUUGUGGCCAGUCUUACCUGUGCUCCUGCCCCAGCCUGUCCACGGGAGUGGGUCACCUAGAUGAGCAUUACCUGUGUGCUGUGUGGUUGCAUGGAGGGCCCCUAGAGAGUCCAGAACUGCCUGGCCUGACAGCUCACUUCCUUUCUGUGAUAUAGAGACACCAUAGCUGACCAGUCGGCUUUUAUUUCUCUAAAGUGGGAGCUGAAUUACCUUGGGCAGUGAACACACAGGAGCCCUCUCUAGCAGGGAACGAGGGCUUGUCAGGGCAGUGGAAAGGUUCCCAGGAGUCUUUUGGCUGGGCCUGGAAUGGGUGUGAGCAAGUCACGAUUCUGGAAUGUGUGUAGGCAAAUGCAGAGGCUGCUCCAGAGGAGAGGGUUUUUUGAGGGUGUGUUAGGUGGGGUGUGUGAAGUUGUACAGUUGAGGUGUGUGUUAGGUUGGCAGCAGUUGUACACUGCUGCCGUGUUCUCUGGACUAGGGGACAAAGGGCCAUGCAAAUCACAGAGGAAACUGUGAAGCAGGUAACUAAAGACCUGGUGGGUGGGUAAUGACUUAGUUUCCUAUUUCUGGAAGAAGGGGAGCCAGGGGAACCCCCAGUGGUUUCAGGAGGGUGCUGAGGGCCUGGAGGCUACAGUGGAGGUGAUGUCAGUUGGCUGUGGAACCUCAGACAUAGAGCACAACCUCGGUUUUCACAUCUAUUAAGACCUAACUCAGGCUUGUGAUGAGAAUGAGGAGAUGCCAAAGUUGUGGAAGCUCCUUGUGAAUCAUGAAGUGUGACAUAAAUGUAAAACUGCAGGUUGUGCAGGAAGUGGUCUCAGGAUGGCCCCAGGCAUCAACUGGCCACUCUCCAUGCCCAUGGCCAUGGCCAACAUUAAUAAUCAGUGUGCCAUCCUUUCCUUUAAGCCCAGGAUCCCUCCCAGUGCUGCAUUCUAGGUAACCAAACUUUUGAACUUGGUGAGAUCACAUUAAUUGUCAUCCCUUUCUAGAACCUAGAAAUUGAAGCCUCUCAAAAGAGUUCCUGUUCAAGGAAGACUGACUACCAGGGCAAAUUUGGGUGCAGCAGCUGUGGAUCAUCAUUUCUAAGUUGUUGCUUUGGGCACAGAUAAGUUGUAAGAUUCACAGGAGAGAGAAAAGGUGAUUCAGUGUACCUUUUAAAACAAAUGACAAAUUUCAGAACAAAUCCACAUUAGAUUAUGUGUAAAAACAGGUGGCAGUUUAGACUUAAUUCCAAGAAUACCUCUGUAUUAUAACUGUAGUGCCUAAAAUUGUUAGCUCUGGUUUUUGGAGAGCCUUUAAUAAGUUUAUACAUGUCCGUGUCAGACAGUCUGUAACUUACCUCCUCUGGGCUUGUGAAAGCAUGAAGGCUGCAUACAUAAUGCAAGAGAAACUCAGUCCCCACAACCUUUCACCCAGCACAAAAUUGACUCUAAGAUGCUCACAACUCAUUUUCCUUUCUCUUCCCUGCUCAGAUUUCUGAUGCAAACAAGUAGCACAGGAGAACAGGUAAUAAAAUAGGAAAUGCAGCUGUGGUAGAACCAGUGUGGUUCUACAGUACUUUUGAGAGCCUACUGUUGGCACUGGGGCAGCUUUCAACUAUGACUGAAGUGAGGUUCCCACUCAGAGAUGCUGAUGCAAUUUGUCUGGAGUGUGGCCCAGCCUCAGGAAAUCAGAGAGCUCCUCAAGUACUUCCAGUGUGUGGCCAGGGUUGGAGAUCUCUGCCCUGGACACACAGUGCUGGUCGAGAUAGACCUGGGGUCAGAAAUGGUCACAGGCUCUAACCUAGGAUGUGCCCCAUCUGAACUUUGUACUUGCUGAGAUGCUUUAAACAGGCAGCGUGAGAGGAGGUUUGAAACAGGACAGCCUGUUCUUUCAGGUCCUAGAAUGUAUAUUUAUUAAGUGCCAUUAAAAGGGACCUGAACAAAACUGGAUGUUCUUGUAGGCCGAAGGGAGAAAACUGAAAUAUACUUGGUAACCAAGUCUAUCUCACAAAAGGAAAAUAAAAAUGUGUUCAGUAACACAUGGGUUGUGGUUUUUCAUACCAGGGAAUGAGAUUAAAAGUCACUGAAGGGUAAGGAAAUGCAUAACUGAGAAUAUGGAGAAUGGCCUGAAUUUUCUCCAGAGGACUCGGUGUAAUGUGCCUUUCCCCUCCAGAUGCCUAGAACCAUUGCCCUGUCUUAUUUAUUUCAAUGCUGGGCCAUCACGUAUUAGACUCGCAAAGGUAUUUGCCUAUGACUAGAACACUUCCAAGAGUUGAAGACUGAUUCACGAAGGUGCCUCUUGCUCCCUGCAAUGAAGUUUAACCUUUUGGGCUCCAACCUAGCUUUAGACAUGGGGACCAGAUUACAAUAUCUCCGUGCUCAAAAAGAUGAGCAAAUUCUUGGUUAAUGUGCUGAGUUCUAGCUUGGUGAAUAACUGAUGUC